GCCUUUUGUUAGUACCCACAAUUCCAGUUCCGUUGGUCUGACAGUAACGUCUUCCUCUGUCGUAAUUCUUUCUUUACCGUGUCAACAUGGCGGAUCAAACCGAAAAGGCCUUCCAAAAACAACCAACCGUGUUCCUCAACAAAAAAGUAGGGGCCAAAAAGAAGUACAGGCUAUCUCGAAGUGUUGGAUUGGGUUUUAAGACACCCCGUGAGGCCAUUGACGGAACCUACAUUGACAAGAAAUGCCCCUUCACUGGAAAUGUGUCGAUUCGUGGACGUAUCUUGACUGCCGUUGUCCAAAAGAUGAAGAUGCAGCGCACCAUUGUUGUGAGACGUGACUAUUUGCACUACAUCAGAAAGUACAAUCGUUUUGAGAAGAGGCAUAGGAAUAUGUCUGUACAUUUGUCACCGUGCUUCAGGGACGUUGAAAUCGGAGAUGUAGUCACAAUUGGAGAAUGUCGUCCACUGUCUAAAACCGUCAGAUUCAAUGUCCUCAAAGUCACAAAAGGCAGUAGCUCGAAAAAGAGCUUCAAAAAGUUUUAAAUUGAUGUAGAAAUAAAUUUUUCUAAUUUA